AUGCGAGAGUCGGGGGUGGUCGAGGGUCGAGGGUGGUCGAGGGUCGAGGGUCGUCACCGCCGUACAGUGCAGGCGCACCGAGAUACAAUGGUGUACGUAUCCCGCACGUAUUUACACAUAGCCGUCUGACUCGUCGCCGGCCUCGUCACCCCAUCAACGGUGAUUAUGAAACUUGUAAAUACUUAAGCAUAUCGAGCGCACACAGUCCACAGCUCUGGAUCGUGGCUGAUCUCUCGUCGGCGCGAUCGUGCUCCGUUUCCCUCGUUCGCGUUCUCGAGAAGUAUUUAUUCCGCAACGCGCGCGACCGCACGCGACGUUACGGCGCGACGUCUUCUCGCAUCUUCGUCGCGCGAGCACGAGCGCGCCCCCACGUCUUCGUCAUGCCAGUUGCGAGAUAAUGCCGCGGCGGCCGAUGCUCGGCGAUCGCGCUCGGCGGACGCUGGACGAGGACGAGUACCAGGUUAGGCACGCGCGAUUUAUAUCAAUCCCCGAUCGACGUGUCAGACGCGAGCGCAAAUGGCGGCUGCUGCGGAGGAGAGUGUCUCCGCGCUUAGCGAGCGCGUCGACAAGCUAAGCGUCUCCGCGACGAAGGAUGACGAGAGGGAUGCGACGGGCAAGAGCAAGGAUGACGGAGAUGCCACGGCGAAGAGCUGCGAGCCGCGGCUCUGGGGCUUCGAAACGCGAGAGCUCUACAAGCUCGCGCUCAACUUCUACAAAGAGAAAGAAGGCAAAGCUGUUCACCUUUCUUACGAAGAUAAAUUGAAAUUGGUGGCAUUUACACAACAAGUAACACAUGGAAAGUGCACAGCUGAGAAUGCACCACCAUUAGGUGUUCUGGACAUGAUUGGAAGAGAUAGACGCUUAGCAUGGCAGAAUCUAGGAGAUAUAUCAAAAGAGCAGGCAAUGGAAGGUUUUAUAGUAUUACUGGAUAAACUAUGUCCUUUGUUCAGAACUGUAGUCGAAGCGCAAAAGAGAGAUUUUGAGGAAAAGCAACGACUUAAAAAAGAGGAAGAGACCAAAAAGUUAGAAGAGGAAAGGAAACUUAAGGAACUAGAAGAAGAGAAAAAGCAAGAAGAAGAAAGGUUGAAGGAGGAAACUCAGAGGAGACAAAUUCAAGAUGCUUUGAAUCAGCAAACGUAUUAUCAGUUCAAAGUAUAUGCCGAACAACAAUAUCCUGGUAAUCCGGAACAGCAGGGUGUUCUAAUCAGGCAAUUGCAGGAACAACAUUAUCAUCAAUAUAUGCAGCAACUUCAUCAAAAUCAGUUAGUUAUCGAGGACCAAACCGAGGAAGAAGAAGAAGAGAAAGAGAAGAAAAAGAAGAAGAGCAUUCAACCAGAGGAUACGACGGCCAAAAACGAUGACAACAAGGAUGAUUCGAACGAAAACGAAAACGAAAACGAAAAUGUGAAUGACGAAGAUUCAGAUGAAAUAGAGGACUGGCCACCUAUCACUCCCGCAGAAAUGUGGACAAGAAAAGGUGUAGAGGAAUUCAAGCAAACCAUCAGAAGAGAGACGGGCGACGCAGUUAUUAAAGUCGGCCAUGGCGAAACCGUUACGGUGCGAGUACCGACGCAUGAAGAUGGUACGUGCUUGUUUUGGGAAUUUGCCACCGAUGGUUACGACAUUGGUUUCGGAGUUUAUUUCGAAUGGUCGAAACCGGAAACGAAUCAGGUAUCUGUGUAUAUAAGCGAAUCCGAGGAAGACGAGGACGAGGAGGAAGAGUACGAAUCACGGGAAGAUUUGGAAAGUGGCUCGGUGAAUGGUAACACUCGACCUGAACGUAGAACGACCACCCCACCUAUAAGCGUUAUAAUACCUAUAUAUAGGAGAGAUUCUCAAGAGGAAAUUUAUGCCGGAAGUCAUCAAUAUCCGGGCGAGGGAGUAUAUCUUCUAAAGUUCGACAACUCAUAUUCGCUUUGGCGGAGUAAAACGCUUUAUUACCGAGUAUAUUACACGCGGCAAAAUUUUACGAAGAAUAAUAAUUAAUCUUUACGUUGCAUAUUGAAAUAAGAUGUGUAACGAAUGUACUGUCGUUUGUUGAGCACUAGCCUUGGCAUAAUCGUCUGAUAACUGAUAAUGCUAGUCCAACUGAAUAAAGAGUCCUAUUUGUCCCUAUUUGGUUCGCGCAAAAGCGACUAAAUAAAUGUUCACAUACAAAGAAGAUAUAUUUAUUGUAUAGUUAAAUAAGAACACACGACACGUUCUAUCCUUUAAAGUGGCAAAAAAUGUGCACAAAGAGAAAAUAAAUUCUAAAUUGUUCUCAAGAAGCAAGAACUCCCAUGUCGUGCAAUAAAUGUAAAUUGGCAUUUAAUCUGUAUGUGCAUAAUAUAUUACGUAUCUGCGACAA